AUGGCUUUGGCUUUGAGAAAAUCAAUCUCCCUAUUUUUUCUUAUAAUAUUCUCGCUCGAUGUUCGUGCGAGAGGAGUUGAGAGUAGAUGGAGCAUGAAGGGGGAGGAAGACUUGGAGCUUGAAAAACAGCUGAAGGUGCUUAACAAGCCCCCUGUAAAAUCAUUUCAGUCUAAAAGUGGACAUAUUUAUGAUUGUAUUGAUAUCUACAAACAGCCAGCCUUUGACAAUCCUCUUCUGAAAGAUCACAAACUUCAGAUGUGGCCUAGCAGUUUCCCAAAAGGCAUGCCUAUAAACUCAAAUUUGCGCCAAAAUAGCACUUGUCCAUCAGGAACGGCUCUUAUUCGCAGAACUACAAAGAAUGACUUAAUAUAUGGCAAAACUCUUCAAAAUCAUGUGAAAAGUCACGGUGCAAAUUUCAAAAGUAGUAUUAAUGACGGAAGCCAUUAUGCAGUAAUGAAAACUGACUUUGGCGAAUAUUAUGGAGCAAGUGCAAAGCUUAUUGUUUAUGGCUUCCCAAAUGUUAAACUUGAUCAAAUCACCAUAAGCCAAAUAUGGGUCAUAGGAGGCGCUCAUGGACCUGAAGAUAAAAUAAACACCGUACAAGCAGGAUGGCAUGUAUACCCUGGUAUAAAUGGUGACUCUUUAACCCAUCUAUCUACGUUUUGGACGGCUGAUGGAUAUAAAACAGGUUGCUUCAACUUCAACUGUCCGGGAUUUGUUGCACUGUCUCCAGACUUUGGUCCUGGAAGUGAAAUAACAGAGCUUUCUGUCUACGGUGGGAUACAAAAAUCAAUUGAAAUAAGUAUCUUCAAGGAUCAAGAAACUGGAAAUUGGUGGUUAACAUAUGGACAUGAAAGAUCUUUUGUGGGAUAUUGGCCAAAGGAGCUUUUCAAUAAUUUAGAGAAAGCUACUGAGGUUGACUAUGGUGGUACGGUUUACUCUCCCUUCAACGAGCCUAGUCCUCCGAUGGGGAGUGGUCAUCCAAUUGAAGAAGGUCGAAACAAGACAUGUUAUUUUCUGAAUGUUCAGUUAGUAAACGAAAGAAAUGAGCUCUAUGAUCCAAAAGAUUAUCAUGUCGCCACAAUUGCUGAUAUUACAGAAUAUUAUAACAUUGAUUACAAUUAUGCAUCCGAAACCGCAGACGGUUACCAAUUCCGUUAUGGUGGUCCUGGAGGUUACACUCGUUGA